CAGCCCGGCCUGCCCCAGAGCGGCUGUAGGCAUGAUCCAUCCGAGUCCUUGCCAGGCGCUCCGGAUCCCGGACAGGAGGCGCGGUCCCUUUAAGGAGGAGGCUGCCUGGCAGGCGGUGGGUGGCUGUUUCUCGGCCUCCCGCUCUCCCGGGGCGUGAUCUGCCGCCUGCUUGCGCCAGGAUCGCUCGGUGGCUCCGCGGACGCAGCCCCGUUGCAGCCGCUGCCAUGCUUCGGCUAGGCCAGCCUUGCGCGCUGCAUGCGCUUCUCCCCAACGGGCUGCUCCAGGCUGCGAGCGGCAGCGCGCCUUUCAGGGAAGCCGCCCAUAGCUACCUUCAGGCGGCGGGGGCGCCGCGGGCCGCCGCCGCGCUACGGCUCCUCCUAAGCGGCCAGGUGCCGCUUAGCCCGGCAGCGGAGGAGAAGGCACCUCCGCGCAGGAGGCAGCCGCGGGGCAGCCCCCGGCUCCUCCACCGCCGCCUUUCGCGGGAGUCGCUGCUGCUGCUGCUGCUGCUGCCGCCAAGUCCCGGCAGCUUCUGGUUCCCGGAGGCCACCGCUGCUGCUGCCCGCCGCAGUCAGGGCGAGUGGCGGCUGCUCCUCUUGGGUCCUCGGGAGGCCGCGGAUCCCUGUCAGCUACGCCCCGAAUUAAACCUGCAAACAACCGGGAGUCACUUCCCCGCCGGUGGAGGAGGAGGCGGCGGCGGCGGCAGAGAGAGGAGCAGCCUCGGAUCUCAGAAGGACACUAGUGGAUCCCCAGAAAAUGAUCAGACAGAUCCCAGCCAGGAGAAUGGGAAUAAACUAAACAAAUCCCAGCAGCUGAAGAAAGUUUUUAAGGAAUAUGGAGCUGUAGGAGUGGUGUUCCAUGUUGGGAUUUCUUUGAUGUCUCUAGGAAUGUUCUAUCUAGCUGUGUCAAGUGGACUGGACAUGACUGCCAUUCUCUUCAAGUUGGGAUUCGAUGAAGCUCUGGUGCAGUCCAAGCUAGCUGCGGGGACGAGUACUUUUGUAUUGGCCUACGCUAUCCACAAACUGUUUGCUCCUGUCCGAAUCAGCAUCACCUUAGUCUCUGUGCCGUUACUUGUCCGAUACUUUAGAAAGAUUGGAUUCUUCAAACCUCCGGCUCCAAAUCCAUGAUUUUAAAUCCUUGGAGGAAAAAAGAAUGUGGCCUCGCUUCUUAAUAUAAACAUUUUGAAAUUGCUGCACCCUGGUGGUGCCUCUGUGUGGAUUCCAGUAACGCCUCCAUUUCAUUGUCUCUGUUGCAGAGAAUGGGGAAGUGGUUUCUUUGUGAUAAACAACUGCUUUAAAAAUA